GCUGAAGUGCAGUUUGCGCAUCUCUAGCCAGCACUUGCUGUGUUUUUGUUUGCGCAGGUAAAACGGUUUGCGUGAGUGUGUGUGGGUGCGCCUUGUUCGUCUGCAUGUGUGUGUGUGUGAAUGUUUUGCCGAAACUCGUUAGCAGGAGGAUCGCAAAAGCAAAACACAGAGAUCAGUUAGUUUUCGGCACUCGAGGCAAACGCAACGAAAACGGAGCCGAAACGAAACAAUGAGUGAAGACGCGAACGUGACAACGACAAAAACAGCGAUGUGCGCUGAGUUUGCGCAGAAGACGCUGCAGGAUUACGAAGUGCUCGCCGUGAUGGGCAACGGUGCCUUUGGCACAUGCUACAAGGUGAAGGAUAAAACCACUGGACUGCUCUACGCAUGGAAGGGCAUGAACUACGACGAACUGGAUGAGGAGAAAUGCGAUUCCCUUGUGUCCGAGAUUAGCGUGCUCCGUCAACUGCAACAUCCGAAUAUUGUGCAAUACUAUCAUCAUUUGAUCAAUCGCGAAGCCAAAUCCAUCUACAUUGUGAUGGAGUGCUGCGACGGCGGUGAUCUUGAUCAGCUAAUCAAGCGCGCUCGAUCGCAGCAUCAACGCUUCGAGGAGUCCUACAUAUGGCGUGUGCUCUUCCAGCUGUGCCGUGCACUCCAAGUGUGCCACAAUCAAAUACCCAGUGGGACCAUAUUGCAUCGUGACAUUAAGCCGGCGAACAUCUUUCUCGAUGCCGCUGGCAACGUCAAGUUGGGUGACUUUGGUUUGGCCCGCGUCCUGCGUCGGGAUCAAUGCUUUGCCGCCUCCUUUGUGGGCACACCGCACUACAUGAGUCCCGAGCUGGUCAAGGGGCGACAAUACGAUCGCAAGAGCGAUGUCUGGGCCGUCGGAUGUCUGAUCUAUGAGCUGUGCGCAUUGCAUCCACCGUUUCGGGGACGCGCCUUCCAACAGCUGUCGGAGAACAUUGCCCAGGGUCAGUUCAAUUGUAUACCCCGGAUCUACAGCGAGGAUCUGCAGUCGCUGAUCGGUUUCAUGCUCGCUGUGCCGCACGAGGAGCGACCCAGCAUUGAGGUGAUCAGUCGUCAUCCGUUGCUGGUGCGCAACAUCCAACAAUUGCCGGCGGAAUUUCCACGUUUGCUACCCGCUGGCGAAGAUUUCCAACUGCCCGGCAAAUUGUUUCCCGAAUCCCCAGCGAGCAGCCUUGAUGGCGACUAUGGCCAGCGGCAAUUGAGCGCUUUAAGUGGUGUCUUCACGCCCGAUCUGCGCAGUGAACUCUUCUACUCGGCCAAGCGACGCAUUCUGGGUGAACAGAGUCGAAAGCAGCUGCAGCAAUCCGAUCCAGCAUUGUACGACAGCGUGCGCAAGGAGCAGAGUCCACGUCGCCUCACCGAGCACAUCUUUGAUGAGGCACUGCAGCAGCGUUUGCAUGCGAUCCGGGCUCGCGAGGCGCUGCUCGAUCAGCGCGAUCUCGAACUGCAGGCGGCCGAGCAGCGUGUCCAGCAAAUGGAACGUGAGCUGCGCCAGAAACUCGAACAGCAGCAGCAAUCGAAGUUGGAGUCCAAGUCGGAGCCAUGUCAAUGCCAGCAACAACAACAACAACAGCUGCCACCGCUGCCGCCGAGGAAGACAGCGGCGUCACAUCGACGACGCUUGGAUGACAGCUACUGCAGCAUUGAGCUGAACGAGACGACAACGAUGCCGGUGACGGUGGCCAAGAUGAAUCUGGCGAUGCUCACGGCACCCAAGCAGCUGCACAACACGCUGCGCAAGGUCACGUUUCAAUCGCCGCCACCGAAGACAGCUGCUCCACCGCCUCCGCAGGCGUUGCCCAUGCAAAUGAGUGUGUCCAGCAACGAGAGUCAAGCGUCGGGCGAGAGUCAAGCGUCCAGCACGCGACGCAAAUCGAUAUUGUCGCUCUUUGGACUCAGUCGCCACAAGGCGACAGUUGCUCCGCCUCUGCCUCCAGAGCAGCAGCCGGCGGCAGUACGUCGUCAGCCGCUGGCUGUCAAGUUGCCCCCACAGCAACAGCAGCAGCAGCAGCUGCCACAACAGCAACAGCCUUUGACCAACAUGUGGACCAAGGAACAGAAACGCGCUGCUUUCGAUUUGCUGGCGGCCAUGAAUGCGGCAGAGAAGCAGGAAGCUGGAGGUGGAGGUGGACGUCGCCAGCAGUUGCGUCAAUCGGUGCGGGAGCGCAACUCCAGCAUGCAACGCAAUCGCAUGCGACGCUCUUUGGUCCUGGGGCAACAACAACAACUGCAGCCGCUGCAAUUGCAGCAGAAGCAAAUGUUGAUAUAAAAUAUGCAAAUAUGUAGUAUUCUUUGCUGACAAACAGCAAUCGGCUUUGUGAUGUGGAAUAAGUUCCGAAUUAUUAUUUUUUUUUUUUUUGCCAACAGCCAUUAUCUUGUUCCUAUGUACAUGUAUUUUUUGUAUGCCUUGUGCAAUUUUCUUAGUUGUAAAAUAAAGUUAGUGUCAAACAGA